AUGGCCGCAAACACGUACUCGUCACGGGUGCUUAUCGGAAACUGGUCCGAGGACCUUGAGCUGGAAAAGCUGCGACUGCGUGAGUUCCUGGACAAGAAGGAGGCCGGGACGCUGCGGCUGACGCAGUCACUUGCGGCUUUGACUCCGGCGGGUGUCUCGGCCUCUACACAGGGCGCUGUUGCUUGGGGUGCCUAUCUCGCUCUCUACGCAGAGCACUCGGGCGCUUUGGCCUCGUUGGACGUCAACGGCGCGCUGGCGCUGGCAAAGGCUCACAACGAGGGUGAUGCUGCUGUGGCGGCCGUGGAGGUCGCAUGCGGAACCGUAGCCCAUGAGGGUCCGCGGGCGCGCUCCGUCUUUCAGAUCGUUCCGGCUCACAAGUACGUCGCCUCGGACAGGGUCGUCUGCUACGGCGACAAGAUCCGCCUCGUCUCGCACGAGGCUUACGCACCGCAGCCGGUUGCCCUUGCCUCGCGGCUGAAGAACCCGACAACAUUCUCGCUACCUUCGCAUCUGCAGGAGGUAUACGCCACUGCUGCACAGCCCUUCCCCCACGCCUCUGUCUGGACCAUCGAGCACUUUGACCCGCUCCUCCGCGACGAGGCCGAGGGCCAUCCAGUCCCAGCCAACGGCCGCGUCAUCAUCCGCCACUGCGCCACCAACGCUUGCCUCGCCUCCACUGGCAAGUCCACCGCCCCGGGCGCUCCCACAGAGGUCUGUGUCCAUACCUUCUUCAACACACACAAGGCCGAAGAGCCGCAGAACCACUGGGCGCUCGUCAUGGACGACGAGCCGCCGCAGCCCAACCCCUAACCG